GCUCGCCCCCGGACGAGCUUGCUGGACCGGCCGGCUGCGGCGCGGCCUAGGCGAACCCAAGGUGGCCCUCCUCUCCUCGACGCCAGCUCCGUUGCCGGGGGGGCACCGGUUAGGCUUGCUGCUUCGAGCGUCUCGCGACGCGCGCGUGUCGCAGGAUGGACGACCACGGCCGGCGGCGGAGGCCGAUCGACCCGCCUGCCAAUGCUUCCUCCAACCCUCGAUACCCCGUUCACGAUCCCAGCGCGCAGGGGAGGUCGUACGGCGCAAGCGGGUCUGAAAGGUAUCGGCCCGCACCUGUCAACACGUCCCCCACGGCAGCUCGAGGCAUAGGCGGGACGGCUGCGUACAGUGGGUAUUAUCCAGAGCCGGCGGCGACCUUCUCCACCGCCAUGCCACAGAAUGCGAUGACCUACCAGUCUGAAUACGGGCAAGACACUCGACAAACGCAGGGCUUCAGCACAUACAACACAUCCAUGAUGUACAACGUACCACAAGCGAGCGCGCAGAGCGCCGUCUACGAUACGAGUCCGCAGUUCCCGUCGCGGCAGCCUACAGCGCUGCAGAUAAUGCAAACGGACGUAGCCGCCCCGUACUUCUCGAGCGAGCCGACGAAUGCGGCCGCAGCGUCGAGCCUGCAGUCUCACGGGGCCUCCUCGAGCACGUCGACAGUAUAUCAGCAGAGCCCCGGCAACCAGCGGGCGAUGCUCCAGGAAUACUCGAGCGGUAUGGCGCCAAUGAGCGGCAUGUCACAGUCGAGCGCGCCCGAGCAGGCUAUCGAGGACCCGGCCUACUCGCAGCAGUCGGCGGACAUGGAGGCCGCCUGGAAUCAGUACCAGGCCGCCCUCAAGGAAGUCUUCACCAACAUCCGAACCGGCGCGCUCGAGACCGCCAGCGAGUCGCUCCUCGACAUCUCCGAGUGGCUGCUCUCCAAGGUGACGGAAUUAGGCCUCACAGCCGACAAUACCAGAGUCUACAGCGAUCGUAUGCGGAUGUGGCAGGACUUCAACCACGCGUGGCUCUCGCUGUUCCAGAAGCAGAAGGACGUUGUCGAAUCCGGCGUGCCGCUGCACCGCGGCCAGACCCUGAUCAGCGGAGAUGGCCUGAGGAAGAUGGGAAAAGAACUCGUACGACUCUGCGACGGAAUCGACCGCCACGGCCUGGUCGACUACGAAUAUGGCGUCUGGGAAGAGCCCAUCAUCUCCAUCAUCGAGGAAUGCCUCGAUCUCUACGAGAACGAUGACGCAGCCGGAGCUUCUAGUUCCACCUCCGCGAAUCCCUCGGGGUCGAGCCAUCGCGGCGGCCACACAUCUCGAUAGGGGGUUGCUGGCGCUCCCCCUUCCCACCCUCCGCUGACGCGAACAGGAUGCCGUAGCACAGUGCCAGAGACGUUGAUCAAUUGUAACUUGAGAGACAUGUGCGAUUGCUUGGCCGUGAUGGCUUCUCGCACAGCAGACUGUAAUUUUUAAUUGUUUCGACGCCACGUGUGGA